UCUCAUCUCUGUUUUUAUGGAGAUUUUUUUCUUUGAAAAAUUUCUAUAUGUAAUCGCAACAUAUACGAUAACCCGUAGUUAAAACAAGAUUAAUCACUUUCUUCCUCUUCAUCGGAGAACACGAGAUGACAAACCACAGAUGGGUAAUGGCGGACUAGAUAGCGAAGGGUGAAGGAGAGAAGUUAAUCUCACGCGCGCGAAUGGCUGAAUUUCCAAGCACCAAAUCAGUGCCGGCUGAUAUCAGUACGAAAUCGGACGAUGCAAAUCAGCUGAAUCAGAGCGAUCGAAGAGUGGGCCAUUCGUCACCGACGAAGAGUACGAACACUGCAGAAGCUAUUGGUAAUGGAAUUGGGAACAAGGCGAAAUCUUGCAAGGGAUGCCUUUAUUAUUCUUCGCGUUUCAAAGCCGAUUCUCGGAACCCCCUCUGCGUUGGCCUCACCCGUUCCCUUCCCAAUGUGCCUCCAUACAUUGUUGGACAAUCUGAGGUUGAAGCAUCGAAAGAGGGUAGGAACCUUACAGAAUUCAGAUAUGCUUGCGUUGGUUAUUCACUUUAUAAGGAUCGUAAAGGCCAGGCACCCAAUGGGCAACAGCCUCAAGCAGAAUUACCUGUUUGCUUAGGCCUUGAGGUUUUAGUCGAUAGGAGAGUAAACCCUUCUGCUGAAGCUGCACCCAUUCCAGCCCAUGUUCACAAUAAAAUAGAUGGCAAUGACUUGCCUCAGAGGCGGACUCCUAAACCUACUAAUGCAAUUGGGGAAGAAUUUUUUAGCAGGCAAGCUCUUUUAUUUCCCAUCAUGCAACUAUAUACAUGUCAUGGCGGAGUUAGAACGUCAACUGGGUUCACUCGAAAUGCAAACCUGGUUGCAAAUGGGGUGGCCAAGAACAUCUGUAAAGUAGGGAAUCAAAUAAAACAAGGCUUUGAUGACAUAAUGUAUCGACGACCUAAAUAAGAGGCUGGCAUUUGCUCUCUCUAGAUAAAUUAAGUCGGUGUCUCCAUGUAUUAUUACUCCAUUCCUCUUUCUAGGGGCUGAAGAGGCUUUUUUUUUUUGGGUUUUUUAUUGGGUGACAACAGUUUAUUUUAUGUACUGAUCUUUUGGUUUAAAACAGGCAUAUAUUCUGUUAUAGGGUCCAUUGUAUUUGCCUUGGCUGACUGCUUUAAAUUAUAUGUGUACAGAGACAAGUUUUGGCGAAUCCAUAGUUUAAAAUGAUGGCAUCAUUAUGAAGCUAUGAAAAUUUACUGUUGAAA